AUGAACAGAUUCGAUUUGAGAGUUGUAUUAGGUACAACUUUGGUAAUUUCAUAUGUGGCUAAUGGGGCCAUCAACUUCCAUCUUAGAUAUUAUGAUCGCCGUGUUCUUAUGGAUAAACCACUACCGACUAGGGCACGCUCUGCAGGUGUGCCUGAUGUCAGCGGCGCCACAGUUUUUGAUAUAUCAAAGUCUGCAGGCGCCAUAGGAAAUGGACAGGCUGACAUGACUGUGCAAGUGAAUAAGGCCUGGACUGAUGCUUGUCAAUCAAAAGCACCUGCAAAGCCAACAAACUGUUGGUGUGGCGGUAGAGCUCUUGUACCCCCUUGCGGGAGGUCGGGAGUUCGACUCCCCACGUGGCCCUGCACUACUCCCGCGCCUAUAACUAUUGAAGUUCAGGGUACAUUAAAGGCGAAACCAGAUAUUGGAUCAUUUCCUUCUGGUAUGUGGAUUAGUAUCUUUCAAGCUAGUGUUCAUAUAAUUGGUGGAGGCCUUCUUCACGGACAAGGUGAAGCGGUUUGGAAGACUAAAAAACCUGGUGAUAAAGCUUUUCCAGAUUCUGUUGUGUUCAGUCUGCUGAUAUUGAGCUCAACAGGGGCUUCGAAUGUGAAGAUUACAGGAGUUACCUAUAAAAAUUUUACAGGCUCCACAAAUUCAAUUAGAGCAAUACUUUUGAAAUGCAGUUCUGCUGUUCCGUGUGAAGCAAUCAGUUUUACAGACAUUAAUUUCACCUACUGCGGAAAAAAUAUAGUGAACAACAAACUCAAAUCACUGUGUGAGAAUGUUAAACCUACAUUUGCCGGCAAAAUGAUCCCUCCAGGUUGUUAA